AUGGUCUUCGGACCUUUGCCUCUGCUGGGCACGCAGCUGUUGCUCCUUGUGGUGUUGUCCACUUCCCAAGACACUAGCACGGAACGGACAAAGGAAGAUAUUCCAGAGGGAGCCUCUACCUUGGCGUUCGUCUUUGAUGUGACUGGCUCCAUGUACGAUGAUUUGGUGCAAGUCAUUGAAGGAGCAUCAAAAAUCUUGGAGACAUCUCUCAGCAGACCAAAGAAACCAUUGUAUAACUUUGCCUUGGUCCCUUUCCAUGACCCAGAGAUUGGCCCGGUCACCAUCACCACAGAUCCAAAGAAGUUCCAGUAUGAACUCAGGGAACUCUAUGUUCAGGGAGGAGGGGACUGUCCAGAGAUGAGUAUUGGGGCCAUAAAGAUUGCCCUGGAAAUCUCCCUCCCGGGAUCGUUCAUCUAUGUCUUCACAGACGCCCGGUCAAAAGACUACAAGCUCACCCACGAUGUGCUGCAGCUCAUCCAGCAGAAGCAGUCUCAGGUGGUGUUCGUUCUGACUGGUGACUGCGACGAUCGGCAACACAUUGGGUACAAGGUCUAUGAGGAGAUUGCCUCAACCAGCUCAGGGCAGGUCUUUCACCUGGACAAGAAGCAAGUCAAUGAGGUGCUGAAGUGGGUGGAAGAGGCAGUGCAGUCCUCCAAGGUUCAUUUGCUGUCCACUGACCACCGUGGUGGGGUGACCAACACAUGGCAAAUCCCCUUUGACCCCAGCCUGAAGGAGGUGACGGUUGCCCUCAGUGGUCCCGCGCCUGACAUAGAAAUCCGGGACCCCCAAGGGAGACGGAUCGAGAAGAACGAGGGCCUGAAUGAACUCCUACACAUCCCCAACUCUGCCAGGGUCAUCAACGUCAAGGACCCGAAACCAGGAAUGUGGGCCAUUAAGACAUCCAGUGAAGGGAGGCACUCAGUUCGAAUCUCGGGCCUCAGCACCAUCGAUUUCCGGGCCGGUUUCUCCAGAAAGCCCACCCUGGACUUCAAAAUGACCUCCAGCAGGCCGGUGCAAGGCAUCCCCACCUACAUCCUGCUCAACACGACCGGGGUCUCUCCCCCGGCGCGGGCUGACCGGCUGGAGCUCCUCAGCAUCACGGGGGGUGUGCUGAAGACCCUGCCCAUCCGCUACUACCCUGAUCGCCAGCCCUUCGGCAUCUGGAACAUCACCGAGUUCAUCCCACCGAACGAGGCCUUCUUCCUCAGAGUCACAGGCUACGACAAGGACGGCUUCGUCUUCCAGCGGGUCUCCAGCGUCUCCUUCUCCAGCAUUGUCCCAGAUGCACCCAAGGUGACAAUGCCCCAGCGCACCCCUGGGUACUAUCUGCAGAAGGGGGCCAUCUCCUGCCAGGUGGACAGCCUGAUCCCCUUCACUCUGCGCUUCAGUCGAGAGGGAGUCAAACUGGGGGUGGACCAGCUCUUCAAGGAAUCGUCCAAUGCCUCUUGGGAGAUUGAGCAGGUGUCUCUAAAGGAUGAGGGAUACUACGAGUGCAUUGCCAUAAACAGUGCUGGGACAGGAAGAGCUCAGACCUUCCUGGAUGUGUCUGAACCCCCUCCGGUCAUCACCGUGCCCAACAACGUGACAAUAUCCCCUGGCUCCCGGGCUGUCCUCACCUGCCUGGUGGCCAGCACCGUGCGCUACAACGUCACCUGGCAAAGGGGAGGCGUGGACGCACACCUUGACCCACGGGUGCGCACCAUGAGCAACCUAUCCCUGGAGAUUUACAGGGCCACCACCGACGACGGUGGCUGGUACAGCUGCGUCGCUGCCAAUGAGGGUGGGGUGUCUACUGCCAGGGUGUACCUCAUCGUGCAAGAAACUCCACAAGUCACGGUUUCCCCACGCAAUCAGAGCUUUCUGGCUGGUCAGGAAGUACGCAUCCGCUGCUCGGCAAAGGGCUACCCUGCUCCCCAGGUGGUGUGGACUCACAAUGACAUGUUCAUCAUGGGCUCCAGCAGGCACCGCUUGACGCCGGAUGGGACCUUGAUUAUAAAGAACACAGUUCAGAAGGAUGCGGGGGUCUACGGCUGUUUGGCCAGUAAUGCAGCUGGGACGGACACACAGACGUCCCUUCUUGCAUAUAUAGAGGCUCCUCGGGUCACAGUUGUCCAGAGCGAGAUUCUGAUUGGCCUGGGAGAUACCACGGUUAUGGAGUGCAGGGCGACCGGAAUCCCCAACCCGGAGGUUCGGUGGUACAAAGGUGAUCUUCAGCUCAGGCCCUCCUCAUUCCUAAGCAUCGAGGCCUUCCGAGGGAUCUUGAAGAUUGACGAAACCCAGGACGCGGAUGCUGGAGACUACACGUGUGUCGCCGUCAACGAAGCAGGAACAGCCAUGGGCAAAGUCACUUUAGAUGUGGGCUCCGCCCCGGAGUUCUCCCUGGAGCCUUCUGACGUCUCGGCAGACAUCGGCUCCAACGUCACCUUGCAGUGUCACGCCCAGGGCUACCCCGAGCCUCAGAUCAGCUGGAGGAGGGAGGACAACGUCGCUCUCUUCUCCCGCCGCCACAGCACCAUCACCCAAAGGAGAGGAGGAGACCUGCUCAUCAGCAAUUUGUGGGUGGAAGAUGAGGCCACGUACAUCUGUGAAGCUCAGAACCAGUUUGGGAAAAUCCAGGCACAGGCUGCAGUCACUGUCACUGGACUAGUGUCUCCGGUCAUUGGCAUCAGUCCGGCCAUGGUUAAUGUGAUCGAGGAACAGCAGGUGACUCUGCCCUGCGUGCUGCUGGCAGGGAACCCACUGCCUGAGAGACGCUGGCUCCGCAAUAACGGGCUGGUGAGUCCCAGCCCGUACAUUACGAUCCGCCGGGACGGGAGCUUGCACAUCGAGCGCGUGCGACUGCAGGACGGCGGCGAGUACACCUGUCUGGCCCAGAACGUUGCCGGCUCCAGCAACCGCACCACCCUCGUCAACAUCUUCGUUCCUCCCAGCAUCCAGCACGGGCCGCAGGUGUUCAGCACCAUCGAGGGGACGGCCAUCUCACUGCCCUGCCGCGCCAGCGGGGUCCCCAAGCCUGACAUCACCUGGGCCAAGAGGGGCGAGCUGCUGGACCUGAGUGGUGAAUCCUUCACCUUGAACCCUGACGGCAGCCUGCACAUUGCCUCCCCCAGCGGGAAUGAGUCUGGCGAGUUCGUCUGCACUGCCACCAACGCCGCGGGGUACAGCUCCAGGAAGGUCCAGCUCACCGUGUAUGUAAGACCCCGGGUGAGUGGGACGCAGGGGGGACAGGACAGCACGGGCGGAUUGGUGGAGGUGUCGGUGACCGCGGGGGAGGACGUCAUCCUACCAUGUGAGGUCCAGAGUGUCCCACCCCCUAUUAUCACCUGGGCCAAGGAGCGCCAGCUCAUUUCCCCCUUCUCCCCAAGGCACUCCCAGCUGCCCUCUGGGUCCAUGAAGAUCCUGGAGACCAGGGUUUCAGACAGCGGCAUGUAUCUGUGUGUGGCCACAAACAUCGCUGGCAACUUCACUCAGGCAGUGAGGCUCAGUGUCCACGUGCCCCCAAGCAUCCAGGCUGGCCCGCGGGUGAUGAAGGUCCAAGUGGGGCACCCCAUUGACCUGCCCUGUGUGGUUCAGGGGGUGCCAGAGCCCACGGUCACCUGGCUGAAGGAUGGCGCCGCCCUGCUGGUGGACGGGGCGCAGUACAGGAGCUUCCCUGACGGAACGCUGACCAUCAGCGAGGUCGGGCUCUCAGACGCCGGGGUCUACACCUGUGUAGCCAGCAAUGUGGCGGGGCGUGACGAGGCACACAUCCAGCUACACGUGCAAGUUCCCCCUGUAGUGGAAGUAUCCGAGCCUCCAUUCAACAGCCCACUGCAAGAAAGAGUGGCCAACCAGCGGAUCGCUUUCCCCUGUCCAGCCAAAGGAACCCCGACGCCGGUGAUCAAGUGGCUGCGGAACGGCCAGGAGCUGACAGGGAACGAGCCGGGCGUGUCCAUCCUGGAGGACGGCACUCUGCUCAUCCUGGCCUCGGUGUCUCCACUGGACAACGGCGAGUACGUCUGCGUGGCGGUCAAUGAUGCCGGCACUACCGAGAGGAAGUACCAGCUGAAGGUCAAUGUGCCUCCGGAUGUGCAGGACAACCACACUCCAGCCAACGUGUCGGUGGUCCUGAACCAGCCCACCACGCUGGUGUGUGAGGUCACAGGAAGCCCCACCCCUGUCAUCACGUGGUACAAAGAUGGAGUGCCUGUCAUCCCCAGCAGUUCUGUUCAGAUUCUGCAGGGGGGGAAAACACUCAAGCUCCAGAAAGCAGCCACGGCCGACGCCGGACGCUACAGCUGCAAGGCCAUCAAUAUAGCCGGCAGCACCGAGAAGGUCUUCAACCUGGAUGUGCUGGUCCCGCCCAGCGUUAGCGGUGCCAACACACCCCGUGACGUGUCUGCCAUUCUCAACCAGGAGGUCACUCUGGAGUGCAAAGUGAAAGGAGUGCCAUUCCCCACCAUUCAGUGGUACAAAGACAGGAAGCCGGUGUUCCUGGGCGAUCCGAACAUCGAGGUGAUUAACAGAGGCCAGGUGCUGAAGAUAAAGAGCGCACGUCUCGGGGAUCAGGCCCGCUAUCAGUGUAGCGUGAGCAACGCUGCGGGUAAACAGUCCAAAGACUUUAACCUCAGCGUGUAUGUGCCCCCAAGCAUCAAGGGAGGUAACGUCACCACUGAAGUGACCGCUCUCCUCAACAACCCCGUGACCCUUGAGUGCGAGGCGCGUGGCGUGCCCUUCCCUGUCAUCACCUGGUACAAGAAUGGCCAGGCACUCCUCUCCAACCGGCAGGCCCUGUAUGUGGACAGGGGACAGUUCCUUAAGAUCCCCCAGGCCCAGGUGUCCGACGCUGGCCAGUACACCUGCCGCGUCACCAGCGUGGCUGGAACAGCUGAGAAGCCGUUCGAGCUGGACGUUUAUGUGCCCCCCUCUAUAGAGGGGGGUCUCGACACCCCGACGGAGAGGAAGGUGGUGGUCACCAAGCCUCUGACCCUAGAAUGCGAGGCGGGGGGUCACCCUCCCCCCAUGCUGACCUGGCUCAAGGACGGGGUCCCCGUCAAGAGCGGUGACAACGUGAAGGUCCUGCAGGGGGGGAGGAAGAUUGAGAUCCUCAACGCCGCUGUGUCCGACUCCGGGAGAUAUGUAUGCGUGGCGACCAGCGUCGCCGGGGAGAAAGAGAUCAAGUAUGACGUCAGCGUCCUGGUGCCGCCUACCGUGGAGGGUGGAGAGGACACCACAGACACCACUGUUAUCGUCAACAAUCCCCUGGAGCUUGAGUGUCACGUCACGGGCACGCCAGCGCCGUUGGUCACGUGGCUGAAGAAUGGUCAGCCCGUCGGGCCAUCAGACGGGGUGAAAAUCACCGCCAACGGGCGGAAGCUGGUCAUUCUGCGUGCCCAGGUGUCCGACACGGCGAAGUUCCAGUGUGUGGCCACCAAUGAGGCUGGGGACCAUGAAAGAACGUUCAGUGUGGCUGUUCAUGUUCCUCCUUCAAUCCGUUCCACUGGUCCAUCUGAGCGUUCUGUGGUCCUCCACAAGUCCAUCAGUCUGCAAUGUGUGGCCAGUGGCAUCCCCAUGCCUACCAUCACCUGGCUGAAGGAUGGACGUCCAGUCAGCACUGCCCAGGGGCAUUUGAAGCUGGAGUCGGCAGGCCGGGUGCUCCAGAUUGUGAAGGCUGUCCUGGAGGAUGCUGGGAAAUACACCUGUGUGGCCACCAAUGCUGCGGGGGAGGCCCAGCAGCACAUCCGCCUCAGUGUCCAUGAGCCACCCAGCAUCCUAAACAGCGGACAGACCCUAAAUGAGACCAUCCUCGCUAGCUUCCCCAUUCAGCUCAAGUGCAAGGCUUCAGGGAAUCCUCUGCCAGCCAUCACGUGGUACAAGGAUGGACGGCCACUGACCGGCACAGCAGGAGUGACCCUCCUAAACCGUGGCCAGGUGCUGGAAAUCGACAGCGCCCAGAUGUCGGAUGCUGGGCUGUACAGGUGUGCUGCGGUCAGCAUAGCCGGAACUGCAGAGCUGUUCUAUCAUCUCCAAGUGUAUGUGCCCCCUUCCAUCACCAGCAGCGGCGGCACGGUGACGGUGGUGGUCAACGACCCCGUGAGACUGGAGUGUGAGGCCAGCGGCGUCCCUGCGCCCAGCCUCACCUGGCUCAAAGACGGCAGCCCCGUGUCCAGCUUCUCCGAGGGCGUGCAGGUGCUGUCUGGGGGCAGGGUGCUGGCCAUCAGCAGCGCUCAGGUCAGUGACACUGGACGGUACACCUGUGUGGCUGUGAACGCAGGAGGGGAGCAGGAAAAAGAUUAUGACCUGCGUGUAUAUGUGCCACCCAACAUCAUGGGGGAGGAGAUGAACGUGACCGUGCUGAUAAAACGGCCUGUGGAGCUGCAAUGUCAGAGCGAUGCCAUCCCCCCGCCCACCCUCACCUGGCGCAAGGACGGACGCCCGCUCUACAGGAAGCCCGGCCUCACUGUGUCUGAGGACGGCAGCACCCUCAAGAUUGACAGUACUCAAGUACAAGACAUGGGGAGGUAUACUUGUGAGGCCACCAAUGUAGCUGGAAAAACCGAGAAGAAUUACAACUUGAACGUGUGGGUCCCUCCCAGUAUCCGAGGCUCGGACGAGGUGUCCCCGCUGACGGUGAUCGAAGGGAGCCUAAUCACGCUGGUGUGCGAGUCCAGUGGGAUCCCCCCUCCCGGCCUCACGUGGAAGAAGGAUGGCGCUGAGCUGAAGUCUGACUCUCGAAGCAGGGUUCGAGUGCUGUCAGGCGGGCGGCAGUUGCAGAUCUCUAGCGCAGAGAGGACUGAUUCUGCUACCUACACCUGCUUGGCUUCCAGUGCAUCUGGUAACGCCAUGAAGGAGUACAGUCUGCAAGUCUAUGUUCGCCCUUCCAUCAAAAACAGUGGGAAGCGUCCCCACGAGGUGACGGUGACACGUGGCAACGAUGUCACGCUGCAGUGCGAGGCAGAGGGCGUGCCCCGCCCGGCGCUGACCUGGCUGAAGGACGGCCGUCCUGUGGCGAGCGGCAGAGGGGUGCUGAUCCUGAACGAGGGGCGCUUGCUGCAAAUCAAGGACUCCAAAGUGUCGGACACGGGGCGCUAUACGUGUGUGGCCGUCAAUGUGGCGGGGCAGGCGGACAGCAAGCACGAUCUCACGGUGCACGUGCCCCCCGUUAUCAGCGGCCAGACGCAGGCCCCGGAAAAUGUCAGUGUGGUGCUGAAGAACCCCGUGGCGCUCACCUGCGAAGCCUCCGGCAUUCCCCUCCCCUCCAUCACGUGGCUGAAGGAUGGCCGGCCAAUCAGCACGUCCAGCUCCGUCAGGGUCAUCUCAGGGGGUCGAACCUUGCGGCUGAUGCACGCUUCAGUAGAGGAUGCGGGGAGGUACACUUGCAUUGUGUCCAACACGGCUGGGGAAGAGAGGAAGAGCUUUGACCUUGGAAUCCUGGUGCCACCAAGCAUUGUGAGUGAAGGGACGGUGGAAGAUGUCAAAGUGAAGGAGAAGCAGAAUGUGACUCUGUCUUGUGAAGUCACGGGCAACCCUGUGCCCGAAAUCAGCUGGCUGAAGGACGGACAGCCGCUGGUGGAGGACAGACGUCACCAGGUGCUGUCUCACGGGCGCUUCCUGCAGAUCUCUGGUGCCCAGGUGGCAGACACAGGCAGGUACAGCUGCCUGGCCUCCAACAGCGCCGGUGACCGGAGCAAGCACUUCAAUCUCAACGUGCUGGUGUCGCCCACCAUUGCAGGGUCAGAUCCAGACGGUUCAGCAGAGGAGGUGACAGUCACUCUAAACAGCCCAACCUCCCUCGUUUGUGAGGCGCAGUCCUACCCGCCUGCUAUUAUAACCUGGCUGAAGGACGGCACACCCUUUGAAUCCAGCCGCAACGUGCGAGUCCUUCCAGGUGGGCGCACUCUGCAAAUUCUCAAUGCUCAGGAAGAGGAUGCUGGGAGAUACACCUGCGUGGCCACCAACGAAGCUGGAGAAACCCUGAAGAACUAUGAGGUCAAGGUUUACAUUCCCCCAGUGAUAAACAAACAUGGUAUUCCCGGAGAAGGGAUCUCCCCUAAGGAAGUGAAGAUCAAGGUCAACAACACCCUAACCCUGGAGUGUGAGGCUGAGGCCAUCCCUACACCAACGCUGCAGUGGUACAAAGAUGGGCAGCUCCUGAGAGCUGAUGACCAUGUGACCAUCACUGCCAACGGCCGCAUAGUCCAGAUCAGACAGGCUCAGGUGUCUGACACAGGCCGCUACACCUGCGUGGCCACCAACAUCGCCGGGGAGGACGAGAAGGACUUUGAUGUAAAUAUACAAGUUCCUCCCAGUUUCCAGAGACCUGGAGACACGGGGUCCCCCCCGGGCAGCGGAAAUGACAUCAGAGACGUGGUUCUGAACAAUCCCAUCUCCCUGUACUGUGAGACCAAUGCUGUGCCCCCUCCGACACUCACAUGGUACAAGGAUGGCAGGCCGUUGGCCUCCAACGACAAAGUGCUCAUCCUGCCUGGGGGCAGAGUGCUGCAGAUCCCCAGGGCUCAGGCAGAGGAUUCUGGGAGGUACACAUGUGUGGCGGUCAAUGAGGCAGGGGAGGACUCCAUCCAGUAUGAUGUCAGAGUUCUGCUGCCCCCCUCCAUAAGGGGUGCAGAUGGGGACCUUCCUGAUGAAGUGACCGUGCUGGUGAACAAAACCACCAUGCUGGAGUGCCAGGUGGACGGCAGCCCCACUCCCAAAAUCUCCUGGCUGAAGGACAGCCAGCCCCUGAUCCCAGAUAGCACACACAGACUGCUGUCCAAUGGAAGGACACUGCAGGUGUUAAACGCCCAGGUGACGGACACAGGCCGCUAUGUGUGCGUGGCUGAAAACAUGGCUGGGAGCGCAGAGAAAUCCUUCAACCUGAACGUGCACGUGCCGCCCUCCAUUGUGGGAACGAACCCGGAGAAUGUCACCGUGGUGGUGAACAACUUCAUCUCUCUGACCUGCGAGGCCACGGGCUUCCCCCCACCCACCCUCAGCUGGCUGAAAGACAGAAGGCCGGUUCAGGCCAACACCAAUGCACUUAUAAUGCCAGGGGGACGCACCCUGCAGAUCUUGCGGGCGAAGAUAUCGGACGGCGGAAAGUACAGCUGCGUGGCCAUGAACCCCGCCGGAGAGGCCCAGAAGCUCAUCUUCCUCACGGUCUUCGUUCCCCCCAGCAUCAGGGAUAGCGGAGGGGACUCGCCGGUGGUGGUGAGUGUGCGGGUGGGGAACUCGGUGACACUGGAGUGCGAGUCCAACGCGGUGCCCCCUCCCACCAUCACGUGGUACAAGAACGGGAGGAUGGUCACUGAGUCCGCCAACCUCAAGAUCCUGGCAGAGGGACAGAUGCUAGAGCUCAAAGGGGCUGAGGUAUCUGACACUGGCCAGUAUGUCUGCAAGGCCACGAACAUUGCGGGACAGGUGGACAAAAACUUCCAUCUGAACAUCUAUGUCCCCCCUACGAUCGAUGGCCCUGCGGAUGAGAAAGUGCUGGAGACCAUCAGCAACCCAGUCACUUUCGCCUGCGACGCCACGGGAAUCCCCCCACCGAGCCUUACAUGGCUGAAGAACGGCCGCCCCAUAGAAAACUCAGAAUCCCUGGAGAUGCACAUCCUGUCAGGGGGCAGCAAGCUGCAGAUCGCCCGCACCCAGCUAUCUGACAGCGCCACCUACACCUGCGUGGCAUCCAACGUGGAGGGCAAAGCUCAGAAGAACUACCACCUCACCAUCCAAGUUCCACCCAGCAUCGCUGGCUCAGAGCUGCCCAGCGAGGUGAGCGUCCUGGUGAAUGACAGCGCGCAGCUGGUGUGUCGUGCCCAGGGAACCCCGCCCCCCACCAUUCAGUGGCUGAAGGAUGGGAAGGCCCUCAGAACCGCAGGCUCUAAGAACAUCAGAAUCAGCCCAGAUGGCAGUACCCUGACCCUCACAGGAGCUCAUACCUCUGACAGUGGCAAGUACACCUGUGUUGCCACCAAUGCUGCAGGAGAGGAGGACCGGAUAUUCAACCUUAAUGUGUAUGUGCCACCAAUAAUCCGAGGGAGCAGUGAAGCAACAAAGGAGCUGACGGCUGUCCUGGACAGCUCCAUCAAUAUCGAGUGUGUAGCCACCGGCUCCCCACCUCCACAGCUCAACUGGCUGAAAAAUGGCCUCCCACUGCCCAUCUCCUCCCACAUCCGUCUGCUGUCAGCAGGACAGGUCCUCAGGAUUGCCCGGGCCCAGGUGUCCGAUGGAGGCACCUACACAUGCGUGGCCUCGAACAGGGCAGGAGUGGACAACAGACACUUCAACCUGCAGGUGCACGUUCCCCCCAGCCUGGACAAAGCAGGCAGCACUGAGGACGUGAUAGUAGUGAGGGGUAACUCAGCAACACUGCUCUGCAUCUCCGAUGGGACCCCCACGCCUACCCUGUCCUGGCGAAAGGACGGAACACCCCUGAAAACAAGCACCCACACCACCAUAGCCAACCAGGGCACAACCAUGAAGAUCGCGCAGGCCCAGGUGGGCGACACGGGGCGGUACACCUGCGUGGCCACCAACGAGGCCGGAGAGUCCAGCCGCCACUUCAACCUCAAAGUGCUGGACCCCCCACGAAUAAAUGGCUCAGACCACCCCGAGGAGGUGUCAGUGGUGGUUAACAACGUGCUGGAGCUGCAGUGUAUUGCCACGGGCAUCCCCAUUCCCACCCUCACCUGGAUGAAAGACGGCCGGCCCCUCCCUCAGACGGACAGCGUGCGCGUCCUGAGGGGUGGGGAGGUGCUGCGGGUCGCCUCGGCGCAGGUGGAGGACACGGGAAGGUACACCUGUCUGGCCACCAGCCCUGCAGGGGACAAUGACAAAGAGUUUCUGGUCCGAGUUCAUGUUCCUCCCAACAUUGCGGGUGAAAGUGGCCCUCAGGACCUGUCAGUGCUGCUAAACAGACAGGUGACCCUGGAGUGCAAGUCUGAUGCUGUGCCGCCCCCCACACUCACCUGGCUCAAAAAUGGGGCCCCACUGCAGGCCUCUCCACGUGUCAGAAUCCUGUCCAGUGGACGUUACCUGCAGAUCAACAAUGCGGAGCUGGGAGAUGGGGCACAGUACACCUGCGUAGCCAGCAACAUCGCCGGGAAGACCACAAGGGAGUUCAACUUAGUCAUUAACGUGGCUCCCACCAUCCAGGACGGUCCACAAACAAUGUCUGUGCACGUUGACCGGCCUGUGGAACUGGAGUGCAUCGUCAGCGGAGUGCCAGCACCACGUGUCACCUGGAGAAAACAUGGCGCUAUAUUGGCAGGAAACAACCCCAGGUACACAUUUGCUGAGAAUGGGUCAUUACACAUCCACUCAGCACAGGUGACUGACACUGGGCGCUACCUGUGCAUGGCCACUAACCAGGCUGGAACACAGCGCAAGAGGAUAGACUUACAGGUGUAUGUACCCCCGUCCAUCGCCCAGGGCCCCACCAACAUCACAGUGACUGUCAACGUCCAGACCACCCUGUCCUGUGAUGCCACGGGCAUUCCCAAGCCCACCAUCAGCUGGAAGAAGAACGGACGCCUGCUCAACACCGACCACAACCAGAAUAUGUACAGGUUGCUGUCGUCGGGGUCUCUGGUUGUCAUAGCGCCCACAGUGGAAGACACUGCUGUGUAUGAGUGUGUGGUGACCAAUGAGGCAGGGAAGGAUGAAAGAGCCAUCCAGCUUACUGUGCAGGUCCCCCCCUCCAUUGCUGACGAGGCCACAGAGCUGGUGGUGACUCGACUGUCCCCGGUGGUCAUCAGUUGUACUGCGUCCGGCGUGCCAGAGCCCAUCCUGCAAUGGAGCAAAGAUGGGGUCAGGCUGCCAAAACAAGGCCAGGGUUUCAAGAUCCUGCCCUCAGGUCCGGUAGAGAUCUCCGCAGCUGAGCUGAGCCACUCAGGCCGGUAUUCCUGCGUGGCCAAGAACGCCGCCGGCUCCGCUCAUAGACACGUGCAGCUCACCGUCCAGGAGCCCCCUGUGAUUCAGACCCAUCCUCCAACACUGGACGUGAUCCUCAACAACCCCAUCACCCUGCCGUGCAAGGCCACGGGCUCGCCCCGGCCCACCAUCACCUGGCAGAAGGAGGGCAUCAACAUCGUCACCACAGGGGGCGGUUUCACUGUGCUACCCAACGGAGGGCUUCAGAUCGCACGGGCCAAAGUGGACGACUCCGGGACGUACAUGUGUGUGGCUCAGAACCCAGCCGGCACUGCACUGGGAAAGACUAAACUGAAAGUGCAAGUCCCACCUGUUGUUAGUUCCCAGACAAGGAGCUACAUUGUGGCUCUGGAUACCUCCAUCACGCUUCUGUGCCAGGCGGAGGGCUACCCCACCCCCGAGGUCACCUGGCACAAAGACGGGCAGCAGGUGACUGAGUCCGUGCGUCAGCGGAUCCUCAGCUCCGGCUCUCUGCAGAUCGCUUUUGCCCAGCCCAGCGACACCGGCCGCUACACCUGUACCGCCGCUAAUGUGGCCGGGUCCAGCAGCCUGGAGAUGAGCCUUACUGUCCAAAUCCCACCCUCCAUCCGCAGCAGUGAGCUGGAGCUCUCUGUGGUGGAGAACUCCCAGGCCCUGCUCUCCUGUGUCGCAGAUGGGGUUCCACAGCCAAUCAUAUCCUGGGAGAAAGAGGGCACGCCCCUCACCGAUACCACAGGGGAGUUCACCAUCCUACCAUCUGGAGAGCUUGUCAUAGACACUGCCCAGCCUGAGGAUUCUGGGAGUUACACCUGUAUAGCCACCAAUGAUGUGGGCCAGGACAGCAAGACAGUCACCCUGUCGGUCCACACUCACCCAGCCUUCACCGAGCUGCUAGGAGACGUGUCCCUGAACAAAGGAGAGCGCCUCCUGCUGGCCUGUGGUGUCACUGGAAUUCCCACCCCUACCAUCACCUGGGCUUUCAACAACAACAUUAUACCAGCUCACUAUGACCAUGUGAACGGACACAGCGAGCUGGUCAUUGAGCGAGUGAGCAAAGACGACUCUGGAACCUACUCCUGCAUCGCUGAAAACAGAGUCGGCUCCAUCAAGUCGUUGGCGUUCGUGUAUGUCAAAGAGCCUCCCAUCAUCGAUGGAGAUUUCCACUCAAACCGGAUCGAGCCCCUGGGAGGGAACGCCAUCCUGAACUGUGAGGUCCGAGGAGACCCGCUGCCUACCAUCCAGUGGAGCAAGAAGGGGGUCAACGUCCAGAUCAGCAACCGCGUUCGCCAGCUGGACAACGGCUCCCUGGCCAUCUACGGCACUGUGAAUGAAGAUGCUGGCAAUUACAUGUGUGUGGCCACCAAUGACGCCGGAGUGGUGGAGCGCAGUGUUACGCUGACCCUGCAGAGCUCCCCGACCAUCACUACGGAGCCAGUGGAGACGGUCGUGGAUGCCGGCACUACUGUGGUACUUAACUGCCAGGCAGACGGGGAACCCCCUCCCCUGAUAGAGUGGUCUCGACAGGGGCGCCCUCUGCUGGGCAACGACCGUACUGCCAUCCUGUCCAACGGCUCCCUGCGCCUGGUUGGUGUGCAGAAGGAGGACACCGCCGAGUAUGAGUGUGUGGCCCGGAACCUGUUGGGCUCAGUGCUGAUCAAAGUGCCCGUGACAGUUCGCGUACAUGGAGGCUUCUCGGAAUGGAUGGAGUGGGGGCCCUGCAGUGUCAGCUGUGGACAAGGUGCUCAGAAGAGGCUGCGGCAGUGCAACAACCCCCUGCCUGCCAACGGGGGGCGCCACUGUGCUGGGACCAACACAGAGACCCGCAGUUGCCAGGGAAAGCCCUGUCCAGUGGAUGGGAGCUGGUCUGAGUGGACAGAGUGGGAGGAGUGCUCUCGCACCUGUGGUCAGGGGAACAGGACCAGGGUGCGCACGUGCAGUAACCCCCCAGCCCAGCACGGGGGACGACCCUGCGAGGGCAAGGCGGUGGAGGCCAUCAUGUGCAGUGUCAGACCCUGUCCUGUGGCUGGUAACUGGGGUGCCUGGUUGCCAUGGAGCCCCUGCAGCGAAACCUGUGGCAAAGGGAUGCAGACAAGGAUCCGGCUGUGCAACAACCCCCCUCCCUCUUUCGAUGGCCCGCCGUGCGAGGGCCCAGACACCCAGACGCAGGUGUGCAAGGAGCGCCACUGCCCAGUGGAUGGGAAGUGGUCGUCCUGGGUCAGCUGGGGGGCGUGCAGCGUGUCCUGCGGGGGAGGCACCCGGCAGAGGACGCGCUCCUGCGCCAGCCCGGCCCCCCAGCACGGAGGCCGGCAGUGCGAGGGGAACGACGUCCACAUCGACUUCUGCAACAGCGAGCCCUGUCCCAUCCAUGGUAACUGGGGCCCGUGGAGCAGCUGGGGCAGCUGCAGCCGGACGUGUAACGGAGGUCAGAUGCGCAGGUACCGAACCUGCGACAACCCCAGGCCAGCCAAUGGGGGUCGAGCUUGCGCAGGAGCAGACACACAGAUCCAGAGGUGUGGCACAGGCAACUGCCCUGUGGAUGGGAACUGGGGUCCGUGGCAGCCGUGGGGAGAGUGCUCAGCGUCGUGUGGAGGAGGAGAGCGCACACGGGUUCGACUCUGCAACAGCCCUCCGCCCACCAACGAGGGCCGCACCUGCCCAGGGGACUCCACCCAGCUCUCCAGGUGUAAUGCUCAGGCUUGCCCAGGUGGCCCUCAGCGGGCCAGGGGAAGCAUCAUUGGAAAUAUCAACGACGUGGAGUUUGGAAUCGCCAUUCUCAAUGCCACUGUCACUGACAGUGUGGAACCUGGUGGCAGAGUUAUACAAGCAACGAUCUCUAAUGUGCCCAGAAGUCUAGGCCCUGCAAUGAGGAAACUCAUCUCCAUCCUGAACCCCAUCUACUGGACCACCGCACAGGAGCUGGGCGAGGCAGUCAACGGCUACACACUUACAACUGGGGUCUUCCGACGGGAGACCCAGGUGGAGUUUGCCACAGGUGAAAUCCUGAGAAUGACUCACGUUGCCCGAGGACUGGACUCAGAUGGAGCCUUGUUACUGGACAUUGUGGUCAAUGGACACAUCUUACAGCUGCCCUUUAAUUCAGAGAUCAGUGUCAAGGACUACACUGAGGACUACAUCCAGACAGGCCCAGGGCAGCUGUAUGCUCUCUCUACACGCAUGUUCACCAUUGACAAGGUUAGCGUGCCCUAUUCCUGGAACCACACCAUCACCUACGAGCCCUCCAAGGGAAAGAUGCCCUUCCUGGUCGAAACACUCCAUGCCUCCACCAUCAGUGCUCACUACCGCCCCCUAGAGGAGUUGCUGGAAUUCAAAAUCCAUGCCACCAUUGCAAAAGGAGAUCGAAGCAAUCAGUGUCCAGUCGGCUUUCGCCUGGACCCGGCUGGACCAUAUUGCGCAGAUGAGGACGAGUGUGCUGCUGGGAACCCGUGCUCUCACGCCUGCCACAACGCCAUGGGCACCUACUACUGCUCCUGUCCCCGAGGCCUCACCAUAUCCGCUGACGGGAGGACCUGUCAGGACAUUGAUGAGUGUGCUCUGGGAGGGCACAUGUGUCACGAGGGUCAGGACUGUGAGAAUACCAUUGGCUCAUACCGCUGCGUGAUGCGCUGUGGGCGGGGCUUCCGCAGGACAGCUGAUGGACUGAGCUGCCAAGAUAUUAACGAGUGCCAGGAGUCCAGCCCCUGCAACCAACACUGUCUCAACACCAUUGGCAGUUACCGCUGUGCUUGCGAACCUGGCUACCAGCUGAGGAACCGAAGAUGUAUCGACAUCAACGAGUGCCGACAAAGGGUCUGCCGCUUGGACCAGCAGUGCAAGAACACCAGGGGCGGAUACACCUGCAUCGACCUGUGCCCCACUGGCAUGACCAAAGGAGUCAACGGGACAUGCGUGGACAUUGACGAAUGCAGAGAUGGCACUCACCAGUGCAGGUACAACCAGAUCUGUGAGAACACCCGGGGCAGCUACCACUGCACCUGCCCGCGAGGGUACCGUUCCCAGGGGGUGGGCCGCCCCUGCCUCGACAUUAAUGAGUGCGAGCGGGUGCCCACACCCUGUGCCCACCAGUGCCUCAACACCCCCGGCAGCUUCAGGUGCCUCUGCCCUCCCGGGCGCCACUUGCUGGGCGACGGGAAAUCUUGCGCCGGGCUGGAGAGGCUGCCCAGUUAUGAGAGCUAUUCGUACGGUUAUAGAGCAUCGCAGUCCUCGCCCGAGAGGAACUCCUACCAGCAGCAGUACCACAGCCUGGCCUCUCAGUCGUACCAUUCCUAUGCAAGCAAUAGCUACAUUAGGGGGCCCGCUCAGCGCUCCCGCAGGGCCGCUAGGGGGGCUUGUCCCGAAGGCUUUAAAACAAGGAAUGGCCGUUGCCUAGAUAUUAAUGAGUGUGAGAGCAGAGACACAUGUCAGCACGAGUGCAUGAACACUCCGGGGAGCUAUAGGUGUCUGUGUCCGAAUGGGUACCGGCUCAUGACCAACGGAAAAACCUGUCAAGAUAUCGACGAGUGUCUCGAACAGGACAUUCAGUGCGGAACUAACAGAAUGUGCUUCAACAUGAGGGGAAGUUAUCAGUGCAUAGACACGCCCUGCCCACCUAACUACCAGAGGGACCCUGCCACAGGGUUCUGUCUGAAGAACUGCCCUCCCAAUGACCUAGAGUGUGCCCUCAGCCCUUACGCUCUGGAGUAUAAGCUGUUGUCCCUGCCUUUCGGCAUCGCCGCCAACCAGGACCUGAUCCGCCUGGUGGCCUACACUCAGGACGGGGUGGUCCACCCCCGCACCUCCUUCCUGGUCGUGGACGAGGAUGUAACCCUGCCCUUUGCCAUUAGGGACGAGAACCUGAAGGGGGUGCUGUUCACCACGCGCCCGCUGCGCGAGCCUCACACCUACAGGAUGAAGGUGCGGGCCCUGUCCUACAGCGCCAACGGCGGCAUCGACUACCAGACUACUUUCAUUGUGUACAUCGCAGUGUCCGCCUAUCCAUACUAGAGCGCUUUGGGCCCAGCAUGUGCCUUUGUAUACAUCACUGCGAGGUGGCGGGAGCCAUCACUUAAGACUAUUUCUACACGCAAGGCCUUGCAGCCAGGAGAACUUCUAGCCCAGGAGCAUUUUAAAGGACUCAACACUGCCUCCUGGAGCAAGGUGGAAUGUUUACAGAGGAGAAUUGUUUGUUGCAUUUGGAGGAAAAACAUCAAUUAGUAUCUAGAACUAAUACCACCAUUCCUCCAACAGUCUUCAGUCUUGUAAAAAGUAAAAAAAUGGUUUCACAAGCACAGAAAAGACAAUGAUGUUUAGGGAUGUUUUAAACAGGCUCCUUUUCAGGUAAGAUGAAAGAGUUGUUAAUCCAAACUGAUAUUAUUUUACAUCUACCUAUUUAACUUAUUGGGAAGAGCUUGAACAGGAAUAAGGGCAGUUCCUGCAUAAUUACCUCCAGGUUGAUUGGCCCUAGAGAAAUCCCAAGAGAUUACAGACUAUUGAACACCAGAAGGAGCUGUUGCCUGAUUGGUCUGCAGUGGUGCCCUUGUAGAAUGAAUCCUGUCAUUUCAGAACGCAACAAAUUGAAGUGGAGCGGGUGCCAGGUAAUGUUCUAGGGGCAUCCAGUUGCCCUUGUUGGAAUCAACACUGUAGCUACCGCUUCACUGUUACCGUAGUAGCUACAAUUGUGGACAGUCAUUAGUCAUAUCAUUACAGGUUCAUAUGCCUCUGGACCCAUUCA